AUGAUUAGAAAAGGCAAAAUGUUAAGCCUCCCCAUCAUUAAUCAAUUUAAACUUAAACUGCUUAAACUUAUUUCCCCUCUAAAUCCUGAGGAAUGGUCAUUUCUCCCGCUUAGAGUCCGAGCCUCUUUGCUCUCUUGGAGCCUUGAAAAUCGUGAAAUGCUGAAUGAAUCUACACUCGCUGACUACCUUAACAUCUCCUGUUCCGCCCUGAAAAUCAAAUUUACAAGUCCGACUGAGUCCCUUUUAUCCAUAAAAUUGGCCGAUCUUGUUGCUGGCCAGAUGCUGAUGUCUGGGAAGAGCUCAUAUGCGAUUCCUUUAUUUACUAGUGUAGUCGAUUUUAUGGAAUAUCUUCUGGUUUCUCAGAACAGCCCGCUACGUUCCGCUCCUCCAGAAGAUUCAUUUCAUUUAUCGGUGGAGCUGUGCAUCACUAAGGGCCCUUUUAUUUUUGCUUCUCAUCCAAUCCGGCCGUCCUUGUUGUCCCGCCUUUUUCAUCUCACUGAGGUAGCCAUUGCCCAUCCUUGCACAAGUGUAUCUUCUGCAGGUGCUAACUUGCUUAUCGCCUUUGAUCAAUUUCAAGCCUGUAGUUCUCAUGCUGCUGACUUCAAGACGCAUGUUCGAAUUAAACCUCUGGUUCGGACCCUUCUAGCCUGGCUCUCAAAAAGACGCCCAGAAACCAGCACACCUCUCUCUUUGCCAAACAGCAGGUCCUCUGCACUAUCCGCAGGCCUUCUAAUCUCUACCAGCGCUUGCCCAAACUUACCUGUGGUGGCCAGUGUUCUUGGGAUGAUAACUCGUGGGGCACCCUAUAACACGACUUCCACCAGUCGGUUAAGCAUUCUCUCACUCGAUUCUUCUGACUGGCUCCGACGCCUGGCUGUUUUACUGGCCCCUCUUCCCGUUGAUUUAGCUUCGAGCACCUGUUUCUCCGCCAAUUGGUUUGGCCAAGCAACAUCGCCAGCUGCUCUAGUUCUUUGGUAUACAACCUGGUCCAUCAUCGAUUAUAAACUAAAAGUCGCUCCUUGGGCCAACCCUUUAAAAACUCUUCUUUCCUUGGAGGGCGCGGUCCGAGCUUUUCUUCAAUCUCCACCGGCAGCCCCUGUACCCGUCUUAGCUUCACUCGGCAAACCUAAUGUAGCUGUAUCAUUGGCCGCAACCUCUAGUUCGGUUGUGCAAAAUCCCGUCUACCCAUUUCACUCCGCUUCACAUCAAGCAUUGCGCCGACAGACAUGGACCGGUCAAUUGCGCCAACUCCUUUUGAUGGUCCCUUUUCUCACUUGUCUCGAAAAGAUGAUUUACAAUGCGAUGGAGGGCUAUGCUGUUUCAUUGCCCCGACCAUUAGCUCCAGCUAGAGCGUUUUUCUUGGCGAAUGCGGCUACUUGCUCUGAGUGGUUCGGUCGGCUGCGUUUACUGAUGAUGCGACUCAGUGAUCAACUUCCGCCAACACCUUCAAUUGAUAACGGGGUUGCAGAAGAAGCCUCUGCUACUGUUCUCUGGAAUGGCUACAGUCUCCUCUACAAUCUCACAUCUGUACGGGAUGGGCAAGCAUUUCUGACUCAGCUGAGUCGUUAUGCUGAUCCUGAAGAAUUAUUGAUUCUUCUUGCUAAAGCCCUGCAUCGGCUUACAGGUUGGGAGGAGUUGGAAGCCUUGGCCAGGUUGGUACUAGUUUCAACUUCUACAGUUUCUCAUUUUUAUGUAUCAGUUUGUUGCCUAUUUAUUGAAAUGGCCUAUUUAGGUAAACUACUCAUUUUGGGCAUCCACUACUCUGUCGAGAUUUUUUAUUAA